AUGCCAUAUCAGCUCGUGCCCUCCCCAGGCAACCAUCUCGAUACUCCUACACCGAGUGCAACGGCAAGAAUGCUCUUUAAAGUCGCCAAUGUUAUCACCGGCGCUGGCUCCGAAGCCGCAAAACAGGAUGAAGGAGCCUCGCUCACCUCGGUCCUCGAGACGCCCACCCUCCGCGUUGAGCUCGCUUUGCUCGUGCUGCUAUGCACCGAUGCCAUGCGAAGCGACUUGAUUGCGACCUUCGAUCCAGAUAAGACACACGAGACCGCCUCCCCGACCUCCGCUGUCCCUUUGUCCCCGAAACCAGCGAAUCCGCAGCGAGACCUCAUAAGCUUCAAUGAGCUCCAAGAUGAGACAGCAAUGGCGCGAGAGAGAGCGAGGAGAGCUAGACAAAAGGAGGUGGAGUCGACACAUAUGCAGGGACUGCGGAGAAGCGCUCUCACCUUUUUCGACAAAUGGCGAGCCGGCGUCAUGCACCGUAUCUGUGACGUGCUCUGUGUGAGGGGCGACGUGGUACGACAGGCGAAGACCAAGAGGAAGCAGAUGCUAGAGGAGGCAGAAAGGCAGAAGCAAGGCAAUUCAUUGCUGAUUGACUUUGAGGGAGAUCCGUUUCGCAGCGAGGCAUACGCGGGUAGCAGAAGGAUGAAGCACGGGCAUUACAAUGUUAUCGAGAACAAGCUCAUGGCCUUCGACGAUCAGAAGAGGGUCCUAAUCUUGCAUUGCCUUCUCCUGCUGCUUUUGAGCUUGGAGCACUAUCCGGCGCAUUCGCGUGUCCUGCUACUACACCUGGCGAGCAGCCUAGAGCUCGAAGAGGAUCUCCUUGCCGACCACGAAAAGUCGGUAGCCCAAGGACUUCUUGCGACAGCCGCUUCCCAGAUGGAUGCCGAGGAAUCUGCGAAGAAGCAAGCGUCCAACGACGCUACGGCGCGGAAAUGGAAAGUUGGCCUUGCCGCCGUGGGUGGCGCAGUACUCAUCGGCGUUACUGGAGGCCUUGCUGCUCCUUUGCUCGCGGCGGGCAUUGGCACGGUGAUGGGAGGACUGGGCCUUGGUGUCGUCUCAACAUACCUGGGAGCUCUAGCUGGUAGCUCUGUUCUUGUAGGGUCAUUGUUCGGUGCUUACGGCGCCAAGAUGACGGGACGAAUCAUGGAACAAUAUGCAAAAGAAGUGCAAGACUUUGAGUUCAUCCCGGUCCAAGACCCCGAGCGGCCAUCAGUACAACGAGAUCACGAAUGGGCUGAAGACGAAGACGCUCGAGAUCCUAGAAAGCGCGAGCAACACAGACUACGGGUCUCAAUAGGCAUCAGCGGCUGGCUCAGCUCACCUUCUGACGUCAAUAAACCCUGGGAAGUGAUCGAUGCCUCUUCUACCGAACCGUUCGCUCUUCGCUUUGAGCUAGAUGCUAUGCUCCGCCUCGGAAACUCCCUCAACGAUGUCCUUUUCAGUUACGCUUGGGAUGGGGUGACGUACACUCUUGUCAGCCGGACUCUCCUCGGCGCACUGUACGCUGGUCUGUGGCCCCUCGGUCUCGUCAAGGUCGCAAGCGUCCUGGACAACCCAUUCAGUAUUGCCCUUGCUCGAGCCGAUAAGGCGGGAAAGGUUCUUGCUCACGCCCUCAUCGAUGGUGUACAAGGAAAGCGCCCCGUGACGCUGAUGGGAUACUCAAUCGGAGCGCGUGUGAUUUACGCUUGUCUCGUCGAGCUCGCUGAACAACACGCGUUCGGUCUGGUCGAAUCUGCUGUGCUUAUGGGUGCGCCGGUGCCUUCCGACAGCAAAUCCUGGAGGCAAAUUCGUUCUGUGGUUGCUGCACGCGUGGCCAACGUAUAUAGCACAGACGACUACAUCUUAGGCUUUCUCUACCGAUCCACGAAGCUCGAGUUUGGGGUUGCUGGGCUACAAGAGGUCAAGGACGUCCACAGCAUCGAAAACGCGGAUAUGAGCAAGCUUGUGACAGGUCAUGACAGGUACCGCUACCUCGUCGGCGCUAUCUUGACGAAGAUCGGCUUCGGCGACGUUGAUUUCAAUAGAGUAGCCGAGCAAGAGCGAGCACUGGAGGUGGCUGAGAGGAAGAAGCAGCAGGUCAGGGAACAUGUGAGGAAGCACAAGAAGGAGAAUCAUCAGCCUGAUCCCUCUGCUCAGGGCGCGACGGAAAUGAUCGUUGUGCAGGGCAGGUCGAACCAUUUGGUGGACGUCUCUGACCUACCUCCUGCGACCCAAGUUCAGCCGCCCAGUGAACCACCGCCCCUCCGACGGCCGAUGAUGGUCAUGCAACAAAGGUCGGGACAACAGCCGGCAAUUCAGCAGCGAACGGCAAUGCCAACAUCCUCGCCUAUCACUCGACAAGCACCUCCGGGCGCAGCAUCUGAAGAGAUGGACCCACUCUCCGGUGCCAUCAAGACCAACGACCGUCGUACUUCGGCUACGACUAGACAAUCUACGUUUCCCGUCGCUUCUAUCUCGCAGCAACGUCAGAUUCCGUCAAACGUUGCCCCAACGCCAACCACGCCUCCCCAACGCACCAACUUCACCGAGUCUGCAUCCUCCUCCUCCUCAGAAAACUACAAGAUCACCAUGCGCGAUCUGGACGCUCAGAAAUUCUCACCGCCAUUAGAAGAGAUGCUGAAACACCCGAGAACCACUACGCCAGCAGUCUCUGCUCCAGAUGAAGCGGGGAAGCGGGUACCCACCGUCGCGGUCAGCGAGGUGUCAGCCGACGAGCAUGGUGAAAGUGACGAUGAGAUCAGCAGCGAGUUUGGAGAGUUGAGCAUGGUAGAUCCGGUGCCUUUGGAUGAUAAUGAUUAUGGUUUGAUGUGA